UUUUUAUUUUUAAUUUUAACUUAUGGUCAAAUUAUACAUUUUUUAGACUAAAAAAUACAUUUUAUUUUAGCUUCCAUAAUUUUAUAGUAUAUUUUGUUUAUAACCUCGGAUGAUAGAAAUAAAUAAAACCAUGUCCAUUCAUUGUUAUUCUCCAGCAACUGUAUCAAAACACAAAAAACCGUGUGAUGCAUGGUUAAGCAUUCAUGGAAAUGUAUAUGAUGUCACAAAUUUCAUAACAGUGCACCCGGGAGGAGAGGAAGUUCUUGUGGAAGCGGCUGGGACAGAUGCAACUGCCUGUUUUGACAGCAUAGGACACUCAAACGAAGCUUACAAACUGAUGAAUGAUUUGAAAUUAGGAAAGCUAUCGGAUCAAGACGAGCACCCUGGUGGUGAGGAAGUCUUGUUGGAACAAGCCGGUAAAGAUUCGACUGAAGAAUUCGAAGAUGUCGGUCACUCGAGUGAUGCCCGAGAAGUAAUGCAAAAAUACAAGAUUGGUGAACUCACUGAUGAGGAUAAAGUAAAAAAUAAGAAACCCGAGAUCCAACCUAGAUCAACAUCUUCCGGCGAAUCUCCAGAUGACUUUAGCAUUUGGAAAACAUGGUUGUUGCCAUUGACACUUGGAAUACUGGCCAUCUUUGUUUAUCGAUACUUUAUUGCGUCUUAAAAGUCCUACAUUUUUUUUAUACAGUUAAUAAAGCAAAUUAUUGUAAGCCAAAGUUCUGGUACAACUCGAUUCUAUAUACAUAUACAAAAUUUAUCUUUAAUAUAUUUGUUUUUUAUGAGUGGUGGUAAAAUUGUACACACUGCAUUCCAUUAUAA